AUGGCUCAACAAAGCUUGCGAAAGCGACGACUGGAAGAAAAACUUGGCCUUAACGAAGACCAAACAAUCAAGUCAGGUUUUGACCAAGAAACGAUGGCCAUUGUUUGGGAUAUAAUGAACAAGAAAUACGACGGAUUACUCGACCAUCCUUCAAUCAACUACGACGAACAAUCCUGGCCUAGCUGGGUCUUCUUUCUCAUUGUACAUGAUGUGCACGCGGCGAUCUGGGCUGUGGAAGAAAAAGACUUGAAAAAUCUCGAUGUUGUAGCACAGGAGUAUUUAACUCCUUACAACGUUGGCCAGUGCUUGAUAUCCACCUCCAUUAUCCGUCGUUUUCAUGUAGUAUUACGACCAGAUAACCAUUACUAUGUACAAGCUGAUGAAAUCCAUCUUAGCGGAAAAGAACCACAGUUCGAUGUUUGCCUUUAUGUUGGCACCCUGACUCUCUCUUUACGAGCGCUCAAAGUACUCAUGGCUAUAAUCGCCGACAAAAACUACCUUCUGCUCCAAAGUGACUGCCUCGAAUACUGCAAACAAUUUGUUUUUAUAUACUUCGACUUGAUCGAAGAGGAAGUCAGCGAACAACAAAUUGCCGUAUUGGAAAAGCUGACGGUGACGACGAAUGCUUUGUCGGCAGCGAGCGAGCGAUCCGGACGACAAAAUCGUUCGUCAGGUUUCUCUCUUCGCACAGUUAUUACAAGUCCUUUCGUUCAAGUGUAUUUGGCUACAGUACUGGGUGGGUUGACAUUGUAUGGUUUAUUUAAAUUAUGCACUCUCCUCUCUCAGUAG